CUUAGUUCCUUCGCCCUCAACGUUGCUUUAUCAUCCGCUUCACAGAAGAGAGAGAAAAAGGGCGGCGGGUAGAUGAGAUCAUGAGAACGAGUCCUUGCUAUACUAGGGAAGGUUUGAAUAGAGGAGCAUGGACAGCUAUAGAAGACCAGAUUCUCACCGAUUACAUUGAGACUCAUGGCGAGGGAAAAUGGAGACUCGUUCCCAGAAGAGCAGGUCUUAAGAGAUGUGGCAAAAGUUGCAGGCUCAGAUGGUUAAAUUAUCUGAAACCUGAUAUCAAAAGAGGAAAUAUCACUCCUGACGAAGAGGAUCUCAUUAUCAGACUUCAGAAGCUUCUUGGAAACAGGUGGUCUUUGAUAGCUGGGCGAUUGCCGGGACGAACGGACAAUGAGAUAAAGAAUUAUUGGAACGCCCACAUCAGAAAGAAGCUUCUAUACGCAAAACCAGAAUCCUCAAUCCCUUCAAAUUCUGGUUCAUGCGUGAUUCGAACCAAAGCAACGAAGUGCACCGAGGUACUAACGUGCGAACAAGUCCAGCCGUUAAUGGAAAUGGCUGCAUCUUCUUCUUCGACUCAUGACAUGAACGUUAGGUGUGAACGUGAGAAAAUAAUGGAGGCUCCACCUUCGGUGGAUAUGGAGGCAAAUACUAAUUACAAUCCGUUAGAUUUCAUGGCGCAUUUUGAACUGGAUGAUCGUUUCGUUUCGAAUUUUCUGAACGCGGAUGCAUUCGAACCGUCUUGCUUUCUUGGGAAUAACAAAGUUGUUGAAGACAGCAACGCCGGCCCUGAUUGCGACCAAGGUUGUCGGAUGAAUAACGUUUCGUAUGAUUGCUUGCUUGACACCCAGGAUUUACAAUCAACGCCGCCAGCUUUAAAGGAGAAUGGUGAUCUAGAGUUCGAUUGGCCUUUUGGAAACCUUUGAAUCUCAAAGCACGCAUCCCUCUCUGCCACGCAUGGAGGCAUAAUAUGGUUCCAUCUUAUUUUAUUAUAUAUUAUCUUAUUCAACUUAUAGUGUUCUAUACUUCCUCAUUUUCUACAAAUUAUUGUGUAUGAGUUCCAAAUAAGGGAGUUACCUCGUAAGUUAAAUGACGUUUAUAAAUUUAAAAA